ACGAAAGCAGUUCCCACUUCUGGUAUCAUAUGCCAUUACGGUUCACAAGUCACAGAGCAUCACGGUGGACAAGAUGGUGACAGAUCUGUCGGAACGUGACUUCCAGACAGGGCUCAGCUAUGUUGCAGUGUCUAGAGUCAAGACGUUAGACGGGUUAAUGAUUGAUACCCCUUUUGAACGGGCAUCUCUCCACUAUGAGAAGCUACCUGAUGUGUAGUAGGUGUUUUGAUGAAAGUCCGCGACCAGGAUCGACGCAAGAAACAGAAACUUGAUCAGCCACUAUUCCAAUCUUUUUUUUCUUUAUGACGUCGCUGUAGUAUAUAGACUGCGAACAGAAAGGUCGCGAUCAUGCACAUGCUGCUUCACAGAGCGACAGAACACAGAGUCAUUAGUAUAGAAUAUCACAUCAUAGAGAUACAUUCUUCGGACUGUAUUACACCCUCCCCACCUCCGGUGAGCGUGUCGGCAUAUUUUAUAAGACUCGGAACGUUAUUCAUGGACCUCGAUGCCCUCUCUGGAAUCAUCGUCUACAAACAUACCGGCCCAGGCGUUACUACAGUGACCGCCGCUCUGGAUCGUAUCACAAUAGCGCAUCCACUCACCGAGAUUUGCGAUCUUGAGUAUAGUGGCCAAGUUACAUAUGCUUCCGGACGAAGUAGUGUCGAGAUCACCUGCAAAGUCGCCAAGGCCAGAGAAGAAGGCGAACCCAGCAAACCUGAGGAUGUCCUUCUCACCUGCACCUUUACCAUGGUUGCUCUAGAUCCCAACACAAGAAAGCCCGUCAACAUCCCCAAGCUUGUACCUACCCAUGAGGAGGAAGAGAAGAUUUUUAAGGCUGGAGAGGCAAAGUCGUUGUCCAAGAAGGAAAACUCCAAGGCUUCGCUUCUUCAGACCGAACCUAACGAUGCCGAAUCUGCUCUGAUUCAUCAAAUUUGGCUUCGACAACUUGCAUACCAUGAUCCCAACAACGACCUUCGUCAACCGUCCAACGUCGUUGCUAUGUCCAAGACCCAGCUUUCAACGGCUGCGAUCAUGCAACCUCAAUACCGAAAUCGUCACCAGACCAUGAUCUUUGGUGGUUUCCAUUUGAAACAAACCUUUGAGCUUGCGUUCUGUUGUGCGGCCAGUUUUGCGCAUGCACGACCAACCUUUAUCAGCGCUGAUCCCUGCACGUUCCGAAAUCCCGUUCCUGUCGGCAGCGUUUUGUACCUGACCGCUACCGUCGCAUACACCGAUCCUCCCUUGUUGGAAGAAGACGGCACUGAGCCUAGCUUCCCGAACCCGGAGAAGCCCAUGACUCGAGUGCAUGUUCGAGUUGACAGCAAGGUUCGUGAUGUCGAGCAUGGUAUUGCAAAGCCAACUGGCCAGUUCAACUACACGUUCUCCGUGCCCAAGGAUCUCAAGGUUUUGCCACAUACGUAUGAGGAGUACAUGGUGUACAUUGAUGCUAGGAGACGUGUUUCGCUGGGUGACAGUCAGCGAAAGGAAGAGUCCAAGGCCUUCUCCGAGAAGAGACCUGAGGCCUCGGAUAAUGUCAACCUGAUUGGAUAAGGAAGAUUGGUGGUUACUUUAGCUGCCAAUGACUAGCGUCAGAGAGUCUCGAAAGCCCAAUUGGUAUCUGAAAGAGAACAAGCAAGGCGACACGUAAACUUUACAUGGGAGAGGAUUCAAGGACUAUGUCCGAGUCUUAAUACCGGUUUCACAGCUUUUAGUAUAGUAAUAAGC